AAGUAAUAGAUUGUGUUAUUCUCUGUGGUCCCUGUGUAAAAUCGAACUGACUCCAGCGAGACAAAAAUAUAAUAAUUUACUAUUUAUAUGCGGUAUUCAUGUGAUAAUAAUGAAUAAAAGCGUUUUCUAAGUAAUUACAUAAAUCAUUUUGCCGAUAGCUAUUGUAAUAACUGCUUUUCUCGUAUUCGUGCAUAGUGAAAGACAGCGGCUUUCUUGAAUUCUUGCUAGAAUUUUAUUUAAAAUGUCAUCGUACGUUGAUAUGAGUUUAGAAGAUAUUAUUAAAAAGAAAAGAGAAAACACUAGAUCCAAAAGAAAUAAAGCCAAAGCUCAACCUCCACCUCUACCUAAAAAGGCAAUAAUAACGGAUGCCAGAAAUAAAAUAAUAUCAAAAAAAAGAACUCAGAUUACUGAUGCUAGAGAAAAACUGGCACAACUUGCAAAACAAAAAGAUGCAAGAUUAAAACUUGAAAAGUUGCGCCAAGAGAGGGCAAGAAUUACCGGCCAUGUUAGAACACCAUUUCACAAUCGAGGCAAAUUAUCAAGGGCUCCACCAGGGAAAGAAAGAGUAUUCACAGACUCGUCGAGGCAAGUGGUCUCUCAGCCUCUAAGCACUGCAAAAGCAGGAUUGAAGCGUCAAAUUAACACUAAACGGUUUACUGAGAGCAGAUCCAUUGAAAAGUCAAGAUUUUUUGAAUUUCAACAGAAACCAAGUCCAAAACCAAUUCUCAGAACUGUUGAAAAUGAUUUGGAAAUUAUUGAUGAUCCAAUGGGAGAUGAAUAUAUACCACCAAAGUCGACGUUGUUAAAUCGGCAAGCCAGCUUACAGCUCAAGAUAAUAGCCCACAAUAAUGAUAUUCGCGAGAACAGACUUUCAUCUGUCCACAGAACCACUGUAAUAGAAAAGGAGAAGAGCCCACCAAGACCUCCGUCCAUUCUAAAAAAGCGCCCCAUGGCAGCUCUAAGAACUGACCAAAAAGCUCAAAAAACUGAAAAGCCACAUUUGGAAUACAGAAUAAUAGUGAGCAACUUGCGGAGCACUGUCACUGCAGGAGAUAUUGAGGAAUUAUUUGGUGAUGUAGGAGGCAUGGUUGAGUCACGAUUGGUUCGUACUGGUACAGCAGAAGUUAUCUAUAAAACACAAGAAGAUGCUCAAAAAGCUGUUGAUUUAUAUCACAAUAGGCAGCUGGAUGGUCAACCAAUGAACUGUCUGCUUGUAACCCCGAGGUCACCAUCCACAAUAGCCAGAAGCAGUAGCAAACCAGAAUUAUUCAGCACCAAUUCAAAUGUUGAACCUGAUAUUUCUACAUUUCAUAAAGUGUUAUUCAGUAAUUUGUAAAAACCAAUAAGCUGUCUCAAUAAUAAAAGGGCACUUCAGGAAAGGAUCCUGAUAUAGAUACACUAUGAUAAGUUCUGACGGUUAUGUAUAGAGGCCGGAUUCGUUUUUGCACAAUAUCUAUAUGUGUAUUAAUAUCCCCACUUUAGGCAGAAAUUGUAAAAUCUGUACUGAAGUAAUAAAGAGGAUUUUUUUUGUUUGUUUGUACCUGUGAAGGUUCUGAAACUAUUGAACCGAUUUGAAAAAUUCUUUCACAGUUGGAAAGUUAUACUCUUCCUUCUUUUAUAGGUUCUUCUUUUUUUUAUAAUCUAUGUUUUAUUCCGGUACGGGCAGCAGUUUCCACAGGACACGUGUGAAACAGCAGGAAAAGGUGUUCAAUAACUGUCAAUAAGUAAUGAUUUUUCCGUAAGUUUUUUAAAGUAUUGUCAAGUUAACUUUCAGAAUAAGUACCUAAAAAAAAGUGUCAAAUAAUCUAUAAUAUAAAAAUGAAUCGCAAAAUGUGUUGGUAAGCGCAUAACUCAACAACGCCUGGACCAAUUUGGCUAAUUCUUUUUUUGUUGUGUUUGUUAUUGUCAGGAGAAGGUUCUUAUGAAAAAAAAAUAGAGUAAAGUAGAAAAGUCAGUUGAUUCCUUCCUGCCAUGACGGACUUUCAGAGAUACUUGUUAUAGUAUUGUAAGUAAUAAUAAUAUUGCUGUAAUUCGCAAAAUUGAAGGCUGAUCUAGAAAUAAUUUAGAAUUUACUUUAAUUUUCGUUUUCUGAAAUUUAAGAUCCAUUUUUGUUUUCAUAAGGAUUGUUUUCAUAUGCAAGAUACAAUAAUAUUUUUGCACAGGUAUUUCAAGUUUGUUUUAUGAUUUAUAUAAAUUGAAGAACAUUGAAUUAAUGCCAUUUGUGUACAUACGUCGCAACCAAUGGUUGAAUGAAAUGGUACUUAGUUAGGUACUGUGUAUUGGAUGCCGCCCUCAAUGUUGUAUUUAAUCCGGUCUCAGUGGCGUGUGACGAGUUGUAAUAUAGAUAACUAUUCCUGUAAUCUGAAAUAACCUUUGUCUAUAAAGGAACUAUCGCCGGCUAAGCAUGUCGGUUAUUUGAUUAAAAUUAAAAUUUUGCAUACAU